AUGCGGAUCGGUGUGGUUGGUGCUGGUGCUAGCGGUUUAACUGCUAUUAAAACUUGUUUAGAAAACGAUUUCCAGGUGGUAUGUUUGGAGAAAGAUGAUGAUUUGGGUGGUUUAUGGCGAUUUAAGAAUAACUCAGAAGUCGGCAAAGGAUCGGUGAUGAAAAACACUGUAAUUAACACGUCUAAAGAAAUGACCGCUUAUAGCGAUUUUCCUCCUCCUAAAGAAGCUGCCAACUUUAUGCACCAUUCUCAACUUUUAGAAUAUUUGAGAUCUUAUGCAAAGCACUUCGCUCUUCUACAAUAUAUCAAGUUCAAUCAUCAGGUGAUAUCUAUUGAGCGAAGUGAAAAAUACGAAGAAAACGGGCAAUGGACUGUUACAUACACGAAUCUGAUGGCUAGCGAAAAAAAUAUAAUGCGUGAGACGUUUGAUGGAAUUAUGCUGUGCACUGGUCAUCACACCGAACCAUAUUUUCCACCUCCUUUCCCUGGCCAAGGCACUUUCAAAGGAAAAAUAUUACAUAGCCAUGAUUACAAAGACCCGACCGGUAUGGAAGAAAAAAGAGUGGUGGUUGUUGGGAUAGGUAAUUCCGGAAGCGAUGUUGCUGUUGAUCUUAGCAAGACCGCAAAAAAAGUGCAUUUAUCGACAAGAAGUGGAACAUGGUUGAUCAAUCGAACUUGGGAUUACGGUGUGCCUUUCGAUACUGUUCUUCAAAGCAGAUUUAUCCUCUUUUUAAAAAGAUUAUUGCCAUAUCGUUUAAUAAAUAGCUUGCUGGAAAAUAAAUUAAACAGACGCGUUGAUCAUGGUCGUUUCGGCUUGAAACCGGGACACUGUGUUCUUGCAGCGCAUUUUACAAUAAAUGAUGAAUUACCAAAUCGUAUUGCAUCCGGGAGCAUAGAGAUUAAGUCAAACAUUUCGCAUAUAACGAAAAAUGAUGUAAUCUUCGACGACGAUACAGUGGUGGAAGAUGUUGAUGUCUUAAUAUUUGCUACGGGCUAUUCUUUCAGCUUUCCGAUCGUUGAAAGUGGGAAAUUAAUUCCAGUAGAAGAAAAUAAAAUUAACUUGUAUAAAUAUAUGUUUCCGCCCCAGCUUUCACCAAAGAACACUUUUGCAAUAAUUGGCCUUAUACAACCGUUAGGAUCAAUAAUACCGAUCUCUGAGAUGCAAUGUCGAGUUUUCUGCGAAGUGCUUAAUGGUCGAGUGAAACUGCCUGAUUAUGGAAAAAUGAAUGAAGAUAUAAAUAAAAAAAGGAAAAUUCUCAGCAAAGAAUUCCUUGAUCGUAGAAGACAUACAAUUCAGGUAUAUUAUAUCGAAUACAUGGAUGAGCUGGCGAAAAUGAUCGGUGUCAAACCGAAUAUUACAAAAUAUGUACUAAAUGAUCCAAACUUGGCUCGAAUACUAUUUUUCCAUGCAGCAUCUCCAUAUCAAUAUCGACUGAUGGGCACGAACAGCUGGCCUGAAGCUAGAAAUGCUCUUUUUGAGAUGGAAGAAAGAACUUUUAACAAUACGCGAACUAGAAGAACGAAAGAAACAUUAAACUGUAAACCAAGAAAUAAAAUUAUGCUUUCCGCGAGAAUUUUCUGUUAA